UGCGCAGGCGCGGCCUUCCGCUUCCGGGAACGGUUGCCGGGGCAACGGGGAAGGCCUGUGCAUUUGGUGGGCGAUGGAGGCCUGCGCAGGAGGAGAAGGAGGCGGCGGCGUGCUCGUGCUGAGCAGCUUGGCGGAGGUGGUGGAGCGCGUCCUGGGCUUCCUGCCCGCCAAGGCGCUGCUGAGGGCGGCCUGUGUAUGUCGGUUGUGGAGAGAGUGUUCCCGCAGGAUCCUGAGGAACCAGCAGAGCCUCGCCUGGGUCUCCACCGUGGAGCCAGGGCCCCCCAACAGCCACGCAUUGGUCCACGCCUUGGCCGAGGAGCUGGAGAAGGUUCAAGUCCUCCCCCAGACCGUGUUGUAUAUAGCAGAUGCAGAGACUUUCACUGGACAUGAAGAAAGCCAUGGCCAUGGCCAAAAGAAAGCUCGCAGAAGAAACAGCAAGGAAAUAGCAGCUGCGCUAGAAAAGCUGUUGCCCAGCCGCUGCCAAGUUCUUGGACUGGUGACACCUGGAGUUGUAGUCACCCCAAUUGGGGCCCGGAGCAACCGGCCUCUGGAAAUUGAAGAUGGAGAAGCUGGUUUUGCAUUGCUGUUCCCCAGGAUCGACGGAGUGAAGAUUCAGACAUUUCACUUCUUCAAAGAUUUGAAGACCAGGGUCCUUGACGAAAGUGUAUUCGCCGAGGCAGGUCUAAAGAAUAACCCCGACCUAAGAGUGGUCCUUCUGUUUGGGUACAACACCUGGAAGUCUGGAGCCACGCGGUUUCUGAACCAAAUAGUUAACCGCUUGAAUGAAAAAAGCAUCAUCUUGGCCGGUGGGCAUGUGGAGAGCGUGACGUCACUGACCUCUGACACUAACUCUCAGGCUGCUGAGUCCUGUGGGGUGGUUGGCUUGGCUUUUAGCGGAGCCCAGAUCCAAAGCGCUUCUGUCCUCUUAGAUCAGGACGUAGUGGACGAGAGGACGGCCGAAGCUGCCAUGCAGCGCCUCAAGGCUGCCAACAUCCCCGAACACAACAGCCUUGGGUUCAUGUUUGCCUGCGUGGGCAGGGGGUACCAGCAUUACAAAACCAAGCAGAACCUGGAGGCCGAUGCUUUCCGCAAGUUCUUCCCCAACAUUCCUCUCUUUGGAUUUUUUGGACACGGGGAGAUUGGCUGCGAUCGGAUUGUGACGGGGAAUUUCAUACUCCGAGAGUAUCACGACGCCAAGGACGACCUGCUCCAUGCCUACACCACGGUCAUGACUCUGAUUCAUUUGGGCCCUGCAAGAGCAAGUCAGGUUUAAGCCACUGUGUGUUCGUUGGGCACCAGUUGAUGUAGUCCCAUAAGCCAUUUUGAAGAUUUUCUGAUACAUCCAUGUGCUUUCAUCAAAAGACCUCUUGCUGUGGAUUUUC